AUGGCGGCGUCAGACGAGACCCGGAGGUUGUACAAUGGAGUAUUUCGGUCGAUGAAACGAUCUCACGACAUGUUCGCUCACUCUAAAGAGAAGUUUUUUGAUGGGCCAGAGUCUUCGUAAGUAUAAUAUUGUUUUUAACUUGUUGUUUAGAGACAAACUGUGGAGAUCAAUCAAGGAGAAGAACGAAUACAAAGCUGUCUUAAACGCAGAAAAGGAAGCCAAGAAGGCAAAGGUGCAGGAACUGUUGAAUCUGCCACAGAAUGAGCCGAGUCUUCUUGACAGUACGAAGGUCAAGAGGGAUCAACUGCUUUCGAUUGAAGGAUCAGCUGGAUCUGGAGGAAGUGGUGCUCUAAGUACGAUAGACAAAAAGAAGAAUAAUGACAACUCGAUCAGAGCGUUGUUACCUUCGAAAUCUUCGCUUAUUGUGAAGCCGAAAUGGCAUCCGCCUUGGAAGCUUUACAGAGUAAUCUCGGGACAUACUGGCUGGGUCAGAUGUGUUGAUGUAGAGCCUAACAAUGAAUGGUUUGCCACUGGAGGAUCGGAUCGUGUUAUAAAGGUGUGUUUAGACUUAUUUAUAAUAGUUUAUGUUUGCAUUUACAUGUUCGAUCUAGGGAUUGGUGUUUUUUGUGCUUGUUGAAUGUCUAUGAUAAUAUGAAACUAUCUAUUUUGCCUCUAUGUGCUUCUCGUGACUAAUAACUUAUGUUACAGAUAUGGGAUCUAGCUACAGGACAGUUGAAGUUAUCUUUAACUGGUCACAUUAGUUCAGUGCGAGCGGUAAAGGUAUCCCAAAGGCAUCCAUACUUGUUCAGCGGUGGAGAAGAUAAACAGGUACUUUUCUAAUUUAUUUUUAUAGUAUUUAGGUCGUUUUUCGGAUAUUUAUUAUAUUUCCAAAGUUCGUUUAAGAAACAUAAGUCAAUUUUAGGUGAAAUGUUGGGAUCUCGAAUAUAACAAAGUCGUGAGACACUAUCAUGGACAUUUGAGUGCGGUGCAAGACCUGGCUUUACAUCCAAUGUUGGACUUGUUGAUAUCUACAGCCAGAGAUUCAACAGCCAGAGUCUGGGACAUCAGGACAAAAGCGCAGGUAUUUUGUUUGAGUGGACACACAGAUACUGUAGCUUCAGUAGUAUGUCAAGAUAUGAAUCCUCAAGUAAUUACGGGAAGUCACGACUCUACUAUAAGAUUGUGGGAUCUGGCUGCUGGAAAGAGUGUUUGUACGUUGACGAAUCACAAGGUAAGAACUUUAUUUAUUGGAAUAUUUAUUUUAAUUUGUAAUUGAUUGUAUGAUAGUUUUUAUAAAGAUAAUUAAGUAUUGUACAGUAAAACAUAAUAUAUUUAUUUUAGAAAAGCGUUCGAUCUCUCUGUCUUCAUCCUACUCUGGCUAUGUUUGCAUCAGGUUCAACCGAUAACAUCAAGCAAUGGAAGAGUGGCAACGGGACCUUCUUCCAAAACCUGAGUGGUCAUAAUACCAUGAUAAACACAUUGGCGGUAAAUGAAGACGGUGUCAUGGUAUCUGGAGGUAAGGAGUAAACAGAGUGUUUUUGUGUGGAAAUUGAAUGUCUUGGUAAAUAUUUGCGAAACUUUUAAAGAAGUUCGUAAUUGAUAAGGAUUGCUGGUUACGCUGUAAAUUGUGUGAUUGAUUGAGUACGAUAAAGCAAAGUAUUUGUUAACAGUGCUCACAGUAUACUACUGAAACGUAUCUGAUGACAAAAGCGGUUUUAUGAUAGCGAUACUUAAUGAAUGUUGACCUUUUUUAUACAAAUAGUUGUAAGAUUUUGGUAUACUAUAGUAUCUAAUUGAAGAAAAUGCUAUUUAAGGACUCAGUAAUCUGUAUUUUGCAGGAGAUAAUGGUUCCAUGCAUUUCUGGGAUUGGGACUCUGGAUUCUGUUACCAACGUGAACAUCCUCCUUCACAACCAGGCUCUAUUGACUCGGAAAGUGGUAUCUUCGCAUUAACAUACGAUAAGUCUGGCAGAAGAUUGAUCUCCGCUGAAGCCGACAAGUCCAUCAAAAUGUGGAAAGAGGAUCCAGACGCUGUAGGUUUUUUAAAACAUUGUGUGCAUCUACAUGGUCUUGUCAAAAAAAAAUUCAAUAUUUUAGGUAUUUAAUAUAUAAUAAUAUUUUAUUGUAAGCUUAAUAGGGUUAAGAUUGUUAAGUUUCUGAAGGUGUAGUCUACUUUAAGGAAAUGUAAAACCACGCCUGAUAUUGCUUUGUGAAUGGAAUCAAUUAGAAAUGUUGUGUCUUAUCACGCUUUACAAUGUUAAGGUCAUCUUUUUACUCCGAAUUGAUCUUUAGUUUAAUAGCUACCGUAGAAGGGAGAGGGGCCGUCGUGAUAGUCGUGGCAUGUUUACUAUUAUAAUAUAGAUAACUGCCAUUGAAAAGGUUAAAAACUAUGUUAACAACAUUGUGCCUAUUUUUAGAAGUAUAGGUAUAAAUAGCUUGAACUGUAUGUUUACUGUUUUGUCAUCACCAGGAAUGUCUAUUGUGAUAAUAGCUAUUGUUUUGUCAUUAACCGCUAAUUCCCUUUAUUUUCAGACCGAAGAGACUCAUCCGAUUGUAUGGAGGCCCGACGUGCUGAAGAAGUCACGUUACUGA